AGGCGCACAUGUUGGGUGUGUUGUGUUGAGGAUUGCAGCGAUAUUACAGCAUUUAGCAAACCUCUGAGCGCUCUCACGUUGUUGAUUGCUCUUUAGUCACCACAUAUACAAUGCGAUACUCACAGUGAAUGAGAAGUCAUUAAAGAAUCCGAUUCAUUGCUGCGAGGAGGUUGACACGCGUCCAAAGCGUGGCUGGAAACAGCUACUGUUCCCCGGACUGAAGGCUUUGCGGCUCGCUGUGCGCCACCAUGAGUUCGAAGGUGUGCAAGAACUGCGGCAGCUCGGACAUCGACGUGGACCAUGCCCGCGGAGAUGCCGUCUGCAUGACCUGCGGCUCCGUGCUGGAGGACAACAUCAUCGUCUCCGAGGUGGAGUUCGUGGAGACGGGGGGCGGAGGCUCGUCGGCCGUCGGACAGUUUGUCUCCGCUGAGGGAGGACAUGUCAACCCGAGUUUUGGAGAUAAUAACCACUACCAGAGCAUGGGGAGGGAGUCCAGAGCUCAGACGGUGCAGAGAGCGAGACAGAGCAUCAACACCCUGGGUCACCAGCUGCAGAUGAACAAACACUGUCUGGACACGGCGCUCAACUUCUACAAGAUGGCGCUCAACAAACACCUGACCCGCGGCCGCAAGUCCGGCCACGUCAUCGCUGCGUGUCUCUACCUCGUCUGCCGCACUGAAGGAACGCCACACAUGCUGCUGGACCUCAGUGAUCUCCUGCAGGUCAACGUCUACAUCUUGGGAAGAACGUUCCUCGCUCUGUCAAGAGAGCUGUGCAUCAACGCCCCGGCCAUAGACCCGUGCCUGUACAUCCCUCGCUUCGCCCAGCUCCUGGAGUUUGGAGAGAAGAACCACGACGUGUCCAUGACGGCGAUGAGGCUGGUGCAGAGGAUGAAGAGGGACUGGAUGCACACGGGACGAAGGCCGUCGGGACUCUGUGGCGCAGCUCUUCUCGUUGCCGCUCGUAUGCACGACUUUCGCCGUACCAUCAAAGAAAUCGUCAGCGUUGUGAAAGUGUGUGAAUCCACGCUGAGAAAAAGACUGAUAGAGUUUGAGGACACGCCCACCAGUCAGCUGACCAUCGACGAGUUCAUGAAGACGGAUCUGGAGCAGGAGAGCGACCCGCCCUGCUUCACAGAGGGUUUGAUCAAGAAGAAAGUCAAAAAUCUGGAGAUCGAGCUGAGGAAGAAGAUGGAUGAAGUGGAAGAUGAGAUUCAUGGCUACCAGGAUGAAAUAGAUGCAGAGCUGGAGUGCGUACGACCCAAGCUGAGAGGAGUGUACGCUGCCUACGCCAAAGAAGUGGUUGUAAAUGAAGAUCCCGUCUCCUCUCCCAAGUCCGAUGAGUGUGAAGACCCCGAAGAGGAUGACGUUCUUCAGGCCGUGGCCAAGCACUUUGGCAAAGACGUGGAAGAGCUUACACUGGAGGCUCUGCUGAAACUGGAGCAGAAGAAGCCAGGGGAGGAAGAGGAGAACGAGCAGGAGCUGGAGGGGGACAUCCCGAAGCGAAAGGCCCCGUCGCUAGCGUCCAUCCUGGGCCCGAUGCCCACGGCCGCCACGCUCGGCCUCCCCGAGUCCAUCAGCAGCUAUAUCAAAGACGGGAAGGAGAACGAUGGCGAUGGUGACAGCGGGGAACUGGACCUGAAUGGGAUCGAUGACACGGAGAUAGAGCUGUACCUGCUCAGUGACACUGAAAUUAAAGUAAAGACGGCGCUGUGGAUGGCGGAAAACUCGGACUACCUCAAAGAGCAGAAAGAAAAGGAGGCGAAGAUAGCGAAGGAGAAGGCGCUGGGGAUCUACAAAGAAAGGAAGCCCAAAGGACCAAAGAGAAAGUACCCUCCGAUCCGAGCCAGCACCGCGGACGAGGCCAUCGGGAAGAUGCUGGAGCAGAAGAAGAUCUCCACCAAGAUCAACUACGACGUCCUGAAGGACCUCAACAUCAAGCCCUGCCCCAGCCCCGCUCGAGUGCCCCUGACCCCGAAGAAGAAGCCGUCGGCCACGAGACUCACCGGGCGAAACCGCAAUCCUGCAAAGGCUCCACUCAGCCUCAGCACGCCGCUCAGCAGCCUGGGGAAAAGGUUGCAGCCUUUUAUCAGCGGACAGCCCAACAAGAAGAUGGCUCUGGAGCAGAUCAGCAACUCCAACCCCCUGCCGGUGCCCGUGGGAAACCCCGCGGGCGGAGGAGGAGGAGGAGGAGCAGUGCUGGUGGAGAGCGGGCCGGUGGUGUACGAUGAUGCUGCCGCCGCCGCUGCUGCUGCUGAGGAGGAGGAGGAGGAUGAAGAGGAGGCGUGUGUCAGCGCCUUCGAUCUGCUGGGCAAAUACGAAUACGGCAGUGAUGGAGAUUACGACGAUUGAUGCCGUCAGACGUCCUUCUCUGGGUUAUUAUCCACUAAACUUACAGACAAUUUAGGUGUAUCAAAUGUUCACUACAGGGACAGAAAGUGGCUGCAGAGGGGAGCUGUGUGGCCGGGAGGAUCAGGAGUAAGCGCUUCAUGAAUAAUCCCACUGCACAGUGCAUGGAUGCCGACUAAGAUGGUAAAGUGGAAACUGAGGGAUACUAUUUAUUGUUUUGGGUCGCAGGCUGCAUGUUUAUGGUAGUUCUGCAAAAUCAAAUGUAGGAAAUAUUCCACGAUUGUUGUUCGCAGGUCUGAAGACAUUCAGGUUCAAACUGGGGUAUCAAGUUGUUGUUUCAACUGCGUUUAAAUGGCUAUAAUUUAAUGUACUGGGACAUACUUCCCACUGAACAAUAGCUAGUUAUUGAAUACAGCGUCACUAUUAUCUGAUUUAAGCCUGGUGUUAAGCGGGAUGUCUUUAGUCUAGAACUGCGCACCAAUUCAUUAUGAUUUUUGGAUUCGAACAACUGUGUUUCCUUGGUUUAAAACCUUUUCUACUUGAGGUUUAAUGUAGCAAAAAUAAAAUGUGGAAAAACCUAUUA